AUGGGAAGUUGUCAAUGUCGCAAAUUUUGUGAAUCUGAUCAAAUUAAUUCCAAUAUACAUUUAUAAGAAAUUGCUACAAAUGAUGAUUAUAGAGUUAAUAAUUAAGAAGGAACUGCUAAAGAUUUAUUUAUUAAAAUAAAAACUUGGCAGAAAGAAUCAUUUUCACUUUUUGAUUAUGAAAAUUAGAGUCAUUUAAAAGAAUAGAACUUUUAAGUAAUUGGAUUAAUUAUAAAAGAUAAGUAAAGGAGGAUAUUUAAUUAAAAAUAAUAAUGAGCUAUAAUGGAUUGAUGAUGAUGUGGAUUGGAAUAAAAGUGUAAUAAAAUAAGAAUAGAUUCUAUUUAGAAUUGAGAAGAAUAAUGGAAUAUUCAGUAUAAUAAAUAAAAGAGGAGAAUGUAAAUAAAAUUAUGAAGAAGACAAGUAAGAAUAAACAACAAAAUAUCAUGGUGAUAAUAAAGACUUUUAAUAGUCAGAAAAUUUAGAUUAAUUAGAGGGAGAUGAAUUUCAUUAACCAAAUGAUUUAAUUAAGAAAUAUAGCCAUCAUUAAAAAAUAAGUAUGAGUUAAAGAACAAAUACAAAAUUAAUGGAAAAAGGAAGCAAAUUAUGGUUAGUUGUAAGAUCAAUGUAAUAAAUGAUGAGUAAUAAUGGUAUCAAAUUAAAAGAAGGAGAUAUAAUAAAAAUGGGAAGAGUUAAAUUCAAAAUAAGAGAAAUUCAGUUAAAUUAAAGAUAACUUAUGUAAUCUUAAUAUUGUUAUUAAAAGAUAAGAUUCAGAUUCUGCAAAAUCUAGUUAAUCUGAUGCAAUUACAUGUAGAGUUUGUUGCAGUAGUGCAUUUAGUAGAUCAAAUCCACUUGUAAAUCCAUGUAAAUGUACUGGCUCUAUUAAAUAUAUACAUCUUAAUUGUUUAAAAAAAUGGUUAAAGUCCAAAUUCUAAACUAAAUAAAGUGAUCAUUGUAUUAUUUAUAUGUGGAAGAAUCUGGAAUGUGAAUUAUGUAAAUUUAAUUAUCCUCCAAUUUUCAAAAGUGAUGAAGGAGUAUUUGAUUUAAUUGAAUUAAGUAAACCUUCAGAAUAUCCAUAUGUUUUAUUAGAGAUUACUCAAAAACGAUAUGAAGUAUUCUUUAUGUUUCAUAAUAAAAUAGGAAGUUUAAGAAAAUAAUAUUAGUGAAGACACAUAGUGGAAUUAAUGUAAUGGAGUUUACAUUAUAACUUUUGAUAAUAAUUGUAGUGAAAUCAAAAUGCCUAGAACUAAUGAAUUAAAAAUAGGAAGAGCAAAUGAAACUGAAAUUAGAGUAAACGAUAUAUCAGUAAGUAGAAAUCAUGGAACACUUAAAUUAAUUGAAGAAUAAAUUUAUCUUACAGAUAAUAAAUCCAAAUUUGGAACCUUAAUUCUUAUCUAAUAAACUGUUAUUCCCUUAAUUACAGAAUUAAAUGGCAUAGAAAUGCAAGUAGGUCGAAGUGUUUUAUAAUUUACACUUGGAAAUAACAAUACAAUUUAGUAAUCAUAACAAUAAUAAUACUUAGAAUCUGAAAUAUUCGAGUAAUUUUUAUUAUAAUAUUAUAGUAAAAUAAUUGGCAGAAACUUUGAAGACGAAGAGCUGGAUUAUCUUUAAUGA